AAAGUGGGAAGAGCGUUUUGUCCCUACAUUGCCUGUAAAAAAUUUCUGCUGUGUAUAUCUUUUAGGGUGCCCUCCAGAUGUGGGUUUAUGUAGGGUUUUAGGGAAUUUUAUACCCAUAAAAAAAAAAAAAAAAGGGUGGGGCGGGUUACGAAAUAAGUGUGCUUAUACAGCAAUGCUGGUUUUGGUCGUUUGUGUGUGAUGAUGAUGCUGUGCAAUUACGAAACGAGCGAAAACGUGUUGAAUGCUCCAAAAUUUCCUCCUUUUCUUGGCCUUUUCAUUGGAAUGUGAGCGGUAGAUCUUGAGACGAGCGCCUGUCAUAUUACUAUUGUCCAUAUUUAUAUAAGGGGGAAGGUCUUCAGACCCCCUCAUUCGUCGGCAGUAGAAGCUCCUUCCCUCUCUGAACUUUCUUCUUCUGCAUCCUCACAUUUCCCACCCUCCCCCCUUUUCUCCUCUUCCCUGCCUCUUCACUGUCUCCAUUAUUCUGUCCCUAUCACCAGUCUUUCUGUGAAGACCAAAACCCAGCAAGAAUCACAAGGCCAUCAAAUAACAGAUAAAGAUGGUGAAGAUCUGCUGCAUUGGAGCCGGCUAUGUUGGGGGACCAACCAUGGCUGUGAUUGCGUUGAAGUGCUCAUCAAUUGAAGUGGCUGUUGUAGAUAUUUCUACAUCCCGGAUAAAUGCCUGGAAUAGUGAUCAGCUGCCAAUCUAUGAGCCGGGUCUUGAUGAUGUGGUGAAGCAGUGCAGAGGAAAGAACCUCUUUUUCAGCACUGAUGUUGAGAAACAUGUGUCUCAGGCAGAUAUAGUCUUUGUUUCAGUUAACACACCAACAAAAACACAGGGCCUUGGAGCUGGCAAAGCAGCCGAUCUGACUUACUGGGAGAGUGCUGCUCGAAUGAUUGCUGAUGUAUCGAAGUCUGAUAAAAUUGUUGUUGAGAAAUCAACUGUCCCUGUGAAAACUGCAGAAGCCAUUGAAAAAAUUCUUACCCACAACAGCAAAGGAAUUAACUUCCAAAUUCUCUCCAACCCGGAAUUUCUUGCGGAGGGAACUGCAAUUCAAGAUUUAUUCAAUCCUGACAGGGUUCUCAUUGGAGGUAGGGAGACCCCAAAGGGUCAGAAGGCAAUCCAAGCAUUAAAAGAUGUUUAUGCUCAUUGGGUCCCUGAAGAAAGAAUUAUUUGCACCAAUCUCUGGUCCGCGGAGCUCUCGAAGCUUGCUGCCAAUGCCUUCUUGGCACAGAGGAUCUCCUCUGUUAAUGCCAUGUCUGCACUGUGCGAGGCAACUGGUGCAGAUGUCACCCAAGUUUCGCAUGCUGUGGGCAAGGACACAAGAAUUGGGCCCAAGUUCCUGAAUGCCAGUGUGGGUUUCGGUGGCUCCUGUUUCCAGAAGGAUAUACUGAACUUGGUGUAUAUCUGUGAAUGCAAUGGCCUUCCAGAGGUAGCAAAUUACUGGAAACAAGUCAUUAAGGUGAAUGACUACCAGAAGACCCGGUUUGUGAACCGCAUUGUUUCCUCAAUGUUCAACACAGUCUCGGGCAAGAAGAUUGCGGUGCUAGGAUUUGCAUUCAAGAAGGACACUGGUGACACAAGGGAAACCCCGGCCAUUGAUGUUUGUAAAGGGCUUUUGGGGGACAAAGCCAGGCUGAGCAUAUAUGACCCACAGGUUUCUGAAGAGCAGAUUCAGAGAGAUCUUUCAAUGAAGAAGUUUGACUGGGACCACCCCAUUCAUCUCCAGCCGAUGAGCCCUACUGCAAUCAAACAGCUUAGCGUGGUCUGGGAUGCAUAUGAGGCAACAAAGGACGCUCAUGGGAUUUGCAUUCUGACCGAGUGGGACGAGUUCAAGUCGCUUGAUUACCAGAGGAUUUAUGAUAAUAUGCAGAAGCCUGCAUUUGUGUUCGAUGGUCGAAAUGUUGUGGAUGCAGAGAAGUUGAGGAAAAUUGGGUUUAUUGUUUACUCCAUUGGAAAGCCCUUGGAUGCAUGGCUCAAGGACAUGCCUGCUGUGGCAUAAAGACUGAGGAUCAGUUUUGGGUGCUGCCCUUGCCAUGAUGAGUUUAGAACUGAUAUGAGAGAAUGUUUUAUUUUAUUUUAUUUUAUUUUAUUUUAUAAUGUUGCCUUUUUUUUUUAGUUUCUGAAUUAUGUUGUUCCUACAGUUUGCCCUGCUUUGGUGCCAGGGUGCAGUAGUGUCUGAAUCUGUCUUUAGUUAGCAGACAACCUUAAUAUGUUAUUUCUUGGUUUAAUAUAAUAAAUCAGAAUGCAGGAAAGUUUCAAAUCAAA